CAUUUUUCACAGAUACACUCCCAUGCCAUGCACCGGGGAUGCCUGAAUCUGUGGAAGUCCUGAUCAGAGUCGUCGGAGUCCCCGGUCUGCUGAGAGCUGAGCCUAACAGCUCUGUGCUCAGUUAAACCCAGUCCAGCCUUGCUCAGCAAAUAUCUCUGCAUUACAAUAAGAAGGUGAAGCCCUGCUUACUGGAGGCACACUGGAAGAGGAUUUUCCUACAGCCUGUGGACAUUUGCCAAUAGUGGUGAAGAAAGGGAUGCUGCUUCUUUAUGAACACAGGGGUAUUAUGACAAUUAAAGCUGUGUGGUGAUGCAUUUGAGGAAUGCAAAGCUUCUCCACUCCACUGGAGCUGAACGCUUGCAGCAAAUUGCUUUGGAAGAAAAACACCACCUUUUGCUAGACACUUUACAAGUAUAUUCAUUUUUUCACCAUGUACAAAGGAAGUAAAAGAUGCAGUCAAGCAAAAUGUGCACGAUGCAUAUCAAAAAGGAAGAGUUUCCAUCAGCUAUUAACAGGAGAUCAAUAAGCUAAUUGACUCUUUUUUUUUACCAAGACUGAGAGACCAUCCACCCACCCAUCCAUCUGGCUAUAAUGGAGCUACGAGGGACCCGUGGGACAAUGGGCCUGGACUCGAGGGGUCAGGGGUUGGGGUUCGGCAUGCCAGCCAUCGGCAUUCCAGCCAGCUCCAUAUUAACUGCAGUGCAGCAUCAGGACUACUCAGCCGGCGUCUGGCUUCGCAGGAAGGACAAACUGGAACAUUCUCAGCAGAAGUGCAUUAUGAUCUUCGCCUUGGUGUGCUGCUUCGCCGUACUGAUGGCGUUGAUUUUCUCAGCGGUGGACUUUUGGGGCGAGGAUGAAGAUGGGAUCACAGAGGAGAACUGUAGCAGGAACUGCAGAGUAGUGCUUGUGGAGAACAUCCCAGAAGACAUCUCCUUCUUAGACAAUGGUACAUCACACCUCCCUCUCUCAGUGGGGCUGUACAACUUACUGGACCAAGCUAUCCGGGUCGUAGAGAUAGUUUCCCCGUUGUGGCUCCUCAACUCCUCUGACUAUGAAUCCAGCUUCCAGCCUGCUGCCAGACAGGGCAGGGCUCUGCUGUCCAGGCUGCAAGGGCUGAAAGCUAAAGGAAUCCAGCUGAAGAUCUCCAGCGGGAUGAUCGACUCGACUGAGCUUGGGAUGCUCGCCAAACACAAUGCUGAAGUUCACUAUGUGAACACAACAGCGCUGACCAAAGGUCAACUCCACUCCUCCUUCUGGGUGGUCGACAGGAAACAUUUCUACAUCGGCAGUGCCAGCAUGGACUGGAGAUCCCUUGCCACUAGGAAGGAGCUGGGUGUGUUGGUGUAUGACUGCAGCUGUCUGGCUCUGGACCUCCACAAAGUAUUCAGCCUUUACUGGGGGCUCCAGUAUAGAGACUUCAUCCCCUCCUUCUGGUCCAAGCGCCUCUUUGCCCUCUUCAACAGGGACACACCACUGGAGCUCACUCUCAACAGCACAAAGGCUCAGGCCUACGUCUCUAGCUCCCCAGAUGUUUUCAUCCCUAAAGAUCGUAGCAGUGAUCUUGAAGCCAUUUCCAGGGUCAUCCAGGAGGCCCGCCACUUCAUAUAUAUCUCUAUAAUCGAUUACCUGCCCCUGCUCAGCCACAACGCUCACAGGUACUGGUCCCGUAUUGACGGUCUUAUCCGUGAGGCUCUGAUCCUGAGAAAGGUCCGGGUCCGUCUCCUGAUAAGUUGCUGGGAAAAGACUCAUCCACUUACUUUCAACUUUAUCUGGUCCCUGAGGAGCCUGUGCAUGGAGCAGGCCAACUGCUCAAUGGAAGCUAAGAUCUUCAACGGUAGAGUCCAGAGGGAUGGCAGUCUCCAGGGAAUAAACCACAACAGGUUUAUGGUGACAGACAGAUCCAUUUAUUUAGGUAACCUUGACUGGGUGGGGAAUGAAUUUAGCUUUAAUGCAGGAGCAGGACUCGUGAUCAGUCAGCCAGAGGGCAUCGAGGAGAGGAAUUCCACAGUGGUGGAGCAGCUACGGGCUGCAUUCGAGAGGGACUGGUUUUCACGUUAUACCCACUCCCUGCAGGCCAAUAAGAUCCCCGUCUGCAACAAGCCCCAGAUCAAAAGGCUGAUGCCAGUCAGAACUAGCCACUUAGACAAUGGACACGUGCUAAUCAGAACAGGCCAGCAUGAUAACGGACCUGCACCAAUGAGACACAAUCACAAGGAUGAUGGACAGACGCCAGUUAAAACAAAGCACAAUGAUGACAGACUAAGUAAAGUUAGUCGCCAAGGCAAGGCCAAUGGACUGGUGCCAAUUAUAGACAGUUACCAAGAGAGGGGACGAGUCGAAAUGAGUCACCUUGAUAACAGACAGGUCCAAAUCAAAGGUAAUUACCAUGACAAUCCAAAGGAACCACCUAGUCAGUCAGCUGAGAGCAGCGGCAGCAGAGAGAUCUUUAACAGGUCCCUGUGACCACAAAGCAUGAUAAGUUUGUUUUCACUGAAUGAUGAGAACUGUUCUCUUUCAGUAGCAAUGGACUUAACACACUGGGUCUUUGUAGCAUUUUAUUGACGCCAUUUUGAAGAAAACAAAAACUUUUAAGAUUUAAGUAAUACCUGGUUUUUAUCAUUUACCUGGUAUUUGAUCAUGUUCACGGAAGAACUCAGGAAGGAAAGUAAACGCGCCACUGCAGACUGGCACUUUUGAUGGAUUUUUUUUAGGAAUGAAACCAAAACAUUUUGGUUUGGAAGAAACAUUGAUUAAUACACUGUAAUAAUAACUUACAACCUUACUACUAAUGUAAGUUUUUUUUCUCUCCUUGUUGAGAUUCUGUCAAGGAAAUCUUGCAAUCUUACUGAUUGCCUAAUUAUUGUAUGUCACUUUAGAUGUUUGUCAUAAUUGAUCACCCUUUAAAAGGGAGAAAUCAUGCCUGCAUGCCUAUGAGAUGGAAAGCAGUGCAGCACUUGUAGCUACACUAGCAACAUUUAUCAUUAAAGAUACACUCCAAAGUAGCGGAAGACUUACAACACAGCUUUACUGUACAUGCUGUGGAUAUCAUAUUGCCUCUGUACUAAUUGGUUGUGGAUACUUUGGCCUCAUGUAAAUAAUUUGUGCAUCUCCAGCAGUCUUCUGAAUAGGUUACUGUGCAUUCAAAUAAUUCCUUAAAACUGUAAACAUAUUUAUUACCACUGAUAACUUCAGAUCUUCCGAUUUAUUCUAAUGUCAAAUGACAUUAAUAGAAAACAACCUUAUGUGUACUGUGUGUAUUAACACAGAUCCCUCUAAAGGGUUUUUAAAUAUUUACAGUCAAAAUUGCAAUUUAAUUUCCACUCACAAGAACACAUUGCCAUUAGUCCUGCAAUAGAAACAACCACAUAACUAACUUUGAGUGCUGACCCACAGUUGAGGAGCUGAUCAAAUCAUGUCCACCAUGUUUUAAUCUCAAUAUCAGAAGCACUAAACACAAUACAGACAGCGGUUACAUAAUCCAGGACACGAUGUGUCAUAUAUCUCUCCACAGCAGGAUGGUGUAGGCCUAUAUUAAAAUGUUUUAUUUUAUGGUGGUCAUAAUUAAAUUAGAUGAUGCACCUAUUCUACUGUGUUUAUUACACAACAUCAAAUGUACUAAGGCGUGGAGUUUUCAGUCAGUUGCCACCAUUGAAAAACUACAGCCUGCAUUAAGUGGAAAGCAGGUAUUUUACCCUGGAGGAAGAGGGGCUAUAGAUCUGAACAGCUAUAGAAAAUCAUUCCAGUUCCAAUAUACAAAUCCUAGGAAAAUAAUAUGAAUUGAAUGGAGAUCUAAAGUAUUCUUCCAAAUGCUAUGUUGUGACUUAUUGAACAAAAUGAGCAGUUAACUUAGAAGAAGGGGCCAGAGGGUCUCUGCUGUCAAAUCAAUACAAUGAAUUUUUAACAGAGCUUGACAGUCGCAGUUGCAGCAGUUUAACCUCAAGGACAUUGUUUCCUGUAAAGGCAUGCCUGUGACUGAAUAUAUAUUACCUUUACUGUGUGGAGGUAGAGCUAAAUACAUGUGAUUGUUAGUAAAGAACAACUAAUUUACUUUUGACUGAAAGCUAGUACCGACAUUUGCAUUUUGAAUGAUUGCAUGUCAGUUUAGACCUUUACAAACUCUUUGCUGUGAUUGCAACAAUGCUUGUACGUUUAUGAUGUAGGAUCAUUUUUUUUUUUAACUUCCAGGCCAUUAAUCAAGGAAACACAAAAACAUUUCCAGAGAAAGGUACAUAGUGAUGUCUUCAUCAUCAAUAUGCAGGGUGUUAUGGUCAGCGCUUUAAUGUGAAGGGUGUAAUGAGUGCUUUGUCUGAGUUCACUGAGCAGGAAGAAUAAUUGCAUUAAAAAAUUCUGCCAGAAAACUAAAUUUGUGGUCAGAAUGCAUAGAAGGUUUAGCUGUAACCAUAAAGUAUAAGGCAGUCAUAUGUGCUAAAAUUAUAUAUCACUGGAUUUUUGGUGGAUAUCAUUUGAUGGUAUUCUGUUUCUGUAUUUGUGCCUGCACUUUUUGUACUACAGGUCAAACACAGACUCAGUCCGGUCUUGCAGUGAGUCAUAACAGAUAUGGACAGGACACAUAUAGUCAAAAACACAGAGCUUGACAAUUAUAUUCUGGUCAUGAUGGAUAACUUCUGCCAUCUAGAGGAUGUCUUGAGAAAGAACACUUCUUCUCACACUAAUUUGCUGCAAUAUGACAUGAUACAUUUUUUUAAAUCAGUCUUGACCAAGAAUACAUGUUGGUUCACAUCUACUGUUUAUAUGUCAAUUCUUAUCAAAUGUAUAAAAGGCAGCGACAUGGGACUGUUAGUGGUUUUCCUGCAAAUAUUUGAACUAAAAUUCUGUUGAUAGCUACAUAACUAAAAACUUAAUUUUAACACAAAAAACAACUUUCCCUUGCUGCUGUAUGUGCCCUAACCAGUCUCUCUUUCUGCGCAAGACACAAACAUUAAUUCAUCCAAAAACUGAAUCUUUUAUGACACUAACACUUCUAUAUGAAAGCAAACACAAUCAUCUGUUUCAUUUGUAGAACAGUUUCUCCACAGAGUGUGUAGAACUUGAGCAUUAUCUCAAUAAUAAUGUCCACAUGUUUUCUUGCGAAGCACCACUUCAACACACUGUAUUGCUUGUAAUCUGACAGCUGGUCAGACUCAGUACUUUAUGCUGCUAUUAUCUAUGAUUGUUACACUGGGGGCAGGAAUGUUGCUAAUGUACCCUGUGCCCAAGGCCUUAUGUUUAGUUGUUCUUAAACUAUUUUGAUAAUUAAAAACAGUGAUUUUUUCCAGUUAGCAGGGACCAGGACUACACCUUUAAUCAGCAACAGUUUACAAUCUGCUACAUGCAAAUUACAUAAUCCAAGCAAAAACAGUAGGAAUGUUUCUGUGUCACUUGUCCGUCUGUGCAUUCCUCUAGUAAGAUUGAGCAAUGUUCACUGAAUCCUCUGUGAAAGUUACUGUUUUCCUGAAGUCAGAAGGGUAGAUGGGUUUGAGGUAGCUGCAAAGUUUAACAGACGGAAGCACUACUACUAUUUAAAUGCUCACUGUAAAAGCUUUUUAAUGUUGCCUACCUUUAUUCUAUUGAACUGUUUUGGCAUGACUACUGCUUGCAUGCCUUGCCUUUAUGAACUGUGCACAGUAGCUAUGAGCCUUUCUAGAGAUAAUGAUAAUAAUGAAAGCUUAUAUACCUUUAAAAAAAAUACAGAAGGAAUGUAUAUUUAUUGAAUACCCUUGUUAAUGCACACUACUGAAUUAUAUGACUGCUAUGUUUUUACUCUUAUUAAAAAAAUGAGUACUCUUA